AUGCUCGCUGUAAAGGCGGUUGCCAUUAAAGUUUUCAAUUUGCAACAAAGAUCUAAGAGUUUCAUGGCAGAGUGUGAGGCAUUGAGGAAUAUUCGUCAUCGUAAUUUGGUUGGGAUAUUGACAACUUGCUCAAGUAUGGAUUUCCAUAGAAACGAUUUCAAAGCUCUUGUGUAUGAGUUCAUGCCAAAUGAAAGUGUUGAGAGAUGGCAACACAAAGAUGGAAAUCUGAGCCUUCUCCAAAAGUUGGAUAUAGCCAUUGAAGCCCAUGCAAUAAAUUAUCUCCAAUGUGAGUGUGACAGCCCAAUUAUGCACUGCGAUCUAAAACCGAGCAACAUAUUGCUUGACGAUGACAUGGUUGCUCGUGUAGCAGAUUUUGGGUUAGCAAAGGUUCUUGAUCCGCCCAUGCAUCCAAAUCAAAGCAGUUCAAUUGACGUCAGGGGAACUGUUGGCUAUGCUGCUCCAGAGUAUGGCUUGGGAAAUGAAGCAUCUCUUCAAGCUGAUUUCUACAGUUAUGGAAUCCUACUGCUUGAGCUAGUGACAAGAAAGAGACCCACCGAUGAUAUGUUCAAGGAAGAAUUCAACCUCCAUAUGUAUGCAAAGACCAGAGGCGGAGAUUUGCUUAAUGGAUUGAUCAGUCCUCCUGACAAUAUCGAGAAGUACACUCCAAAUUGCCUUGUAAGAAGGAAGAAGUGGUUCUCCUUAAAGAUGGGACGCCGGGAGUGGAGUAAAAUCUUUGAAACUCGCGACUUCUCAAUCAAAUAG